CGUCCAUAUCAAAUGAUACGCAAUCUUAAUAAAAUAGAAAGUGCUUCGCCAUAUUACCUUAAUUAUUAAGUUUUAAAUAUUCUUUAAGCAAUAAUAAAUAAAAUCGGGAAUACCAGAAAAAUAAAGAAAAAUAUUAAACGGGUCUCCUUGGUGUUGCUCGUUUUAGUCAAGGCAGUCAACAGUGGCAGAGCUAUUAGUGCAGUUAUGUGGAGUUUUAGUGUUAUUUUUGCAUUUACUUAUAUAAAUAUUGGCAGGGCAGAUAUCGGAGAUAGCUGUAAAACUCCUAAUGGCGAAAAUGGCAUCUGCCAAAGAAUUAACUCCUGCGAGAUCCUGUAUGAUGCUGUGCUGACCAAAAACCAAAGGCAAAUUCAGUUUCUUAAGGAUUCAUAUUGUGGAUACGACAGGACUGCCUUAGUAUGUUGCGGAAGCGUUGCAAAUUACGAAAGUAGAUUGUCGUUUCAGCCGUUAUCAUCAACAUCUUCCUCGGCUAUUAAUAAUAACAAUAGAAACAGUAUAUUACCGGACAGAUCCAUUUGUGGAAUACAGUCUGACAAUAAAAUCCUUGGAGGUGAAAAAACGGGUCUAGAAGAAUAUCCCUGGAUGGCUUUAUUGCAAUACCGUAAAAAUAGACGGGGGCCAUUAAAAUCUUCUUGCGGAGGAGCCCUUAUUUCAUCAAGAUACGUCUUAACUGCUGCUCAUUGUGUUACUGGAACUAUUAAAACGGCUGUGGGAGAUUUGGUGAAUGUAAGACUUGGAGAACAUAAUACCGACACUAAUCCUGAUUGUAUUCAAAUAAGGGGUUAUGAAAGUUGUAACGAUUUACAUUUAGAUGUUGAAGUCGAACAUUAUGAAGCUCAUUCAAAUUAUGAUCCUGUUAAAAGAACUAAUGAUAUUGGUUUAGUUCGAUUGAAAACAGAUGUUCAAUUUACAGAGUUUGUUAAACCAAUUUGCCUCCCUGAGCCUAAUGAACACUCCACCACUGGCACCAGGUUAGUAGUGGCUGGUUGGGGACAAACAGAGUCUGCAAGAAGCAGCAGUUCCAAAUUAAAAGUCGAGGUACCAGUGGUUGACAACCGAAAUUGCGCACGAAAGUUCAGCGCCUACAAUCUGCAAAUUCAGGAAUCGCAACUGUGUGCCGGAGGAGUCAAGCUAAAGGAUUCCUGUAAGGGAGACAGCGGCGGUCCUUUAAUGGCUAAGGCUAAAAACGAUACUUCCCAAUGGUACGCAGAAGGAAUUGUAUCGUUUGGUGCAGCGUGCGGUGAAGAAAAUUGGCCUGCAGUUUACACGAGAGUUUCAAGCUUUCUUCCAUGGAUAUGGCAAAAAGUGCGAUAAAAUGUUUAGACUUUGUGCAGAUUUAAUUAUUUAUAAUAAAAAUAUGUUUUUUUCCAUUUAUU